CUGAGUUUUAUAGAGCAGUUAUCCUCUUACUCCCUAUUUCAGGGCUGCGGGAAACGCUUCUCCCUUGAUUUCAACCUCCGCACCCACCUUCGUAUUCAUACGGGUGAUCGCCCUUAUCCUUGUCCCCAGCCCGGCUGCUCCAAACGCUUCGCCCAAUCCACCAAUCUCAAAUCCCACUUGGCCACCCACACCAAACUUCGUUCCCCUCAUUCAGCGUCUGCUGCUUCCAGCACACCCACCAACCCGAACCCCAAUUGUGGAGGAUUGGGUUCAACUUCCGGUCUCACGCGUGUCAAGCAGGCGUCGUUUCUUACGGAGCAUCAAAAGCAUCACCAGCUCGGCCAACAACAGCAACAGGGCAGACAACAGACUCCGAGCCAAGGGUGUGGCUUCUUUUUGUCAAACCCUGGAAGUAGUACUACAACGGUUCCGUCUACUGCGCUCUCGCCGUUUGAUACUUCAAGAGCUGCUUCGAACUCUUCUUAUAUGACGGCAACAACAGCAACUGCAUUUUACAAACCCUUCGGCGAGGAUGACGUUAUUUCUUUUUCCAACUCGCCAACAACCCUCUUUCUCUCCUCUACUAAUUCAACUUCUAUUAUGAAAACUGCUUCCUCACAUCUUCUGGCCUUCCAGUCAUCUGGAGGAUCAGCAACUUCAACACAACAACCAUCGUCCUGUGUUUCACCAUCUCGUCCACGAAUCCUACUCACAAAUCGCGGAAGAAGUCUCGCUUUUCAGCGGAAUGCUCCAGCACAAACUCCAACUGCGGCGACAACUUUGACACUUAUUAAACGUGAAGAUUACAGUUCGCACUUCGAAGAUCCUUUACUGUCAUCCACUGUCCUUCCUAACCCCCCUCCUCUACACUGCAAGGCUAACAGAAAACAAAACCUCUUCCCGCCUACUCAAGGUAUUCCCCAGACUGGCCUUUCUUCUGGCAAAUCUACUGGAGAUGAAGAAGAAAUCCAUGAAAUUGGGUCGAUAAAAGUAGAGAUGAAUGAGGAUGUGGAGGGAGUUAGGCAGGAAGACGAAGAAGACUUUAUCUGCGAUAUCCCACUCUCUGCGUCGAAUUCAACAGGUCCUGCUGGAUCAAUAACGUGUGGAGUGGCUCGUAGGGGUCGUAAGAAAGCAUCUAAACGCGGUGGAUCAGUCAAUCGCUCCCCUAUAAUCCCUAAAUCCUCUCCUUACUUCACUCGUUCCUCUGUACCCACUUCAGCUGUUAAUCGACGUCAGAGGCGUCAAAGAAGGCUUCAGCAGCAAAAUAAAAGAGGUCGGGGUACCACUACUUUGUCGUCUUCGUCGAGUUAUCAGCGUGGAAUGACUAGAAGUCAUCACCACUAUCAACCGGUUAUGCGCAGAAGAGUUCUUUGA